CGUGACGUCGAGCUGUGCGUCGCUUCGUCAGCGGUGUUCAUGGACAACCUCGGAGGACGGGGCUGAAAGGGCGGAGCGGGAGAGAUGGCCUCUUCCAUGGUCAGAGCCACCGUUCGGGCCGUGAGCAAGAGGAAGAUUCAGGCCACUAGAGCCGCCCUUACACUGACCCCAUCUGCUGUGCAGAAGAUAAAACAACUGCUUAAAGACAAACCUGACCAUGUAGGCGUUAAAGUUGGUGUCCGUACAAGAGGCUGUAAUGGACUUUCUUAUACACUCGAAUACACAAAAUCAAAGGGGAACUCUGAUGAGGAAGUAGUACAGGAUGGUGUUAGAGUGUUUAUUGAAAAGAAAGCGCAACUCACACUUCUAGGAACUGAAAUGGACUAUAUAGAAGACAAACUGUCCAGUGAAUUUGUUUUCAAUAACCCAAACAUCAAAGGAACGUGUGGUUGUGGAGAAAGCUUUAACAUUUAAAACACCAGGACUAUAACUUUUAAGACCACAAAACUGCUUUCUGAAGUAAUCACUUGGUGUGUGUGUUUUCACAUCUUUAGGCUUUGUAAUAUUUGGCUCCCUUUCCAGGAAAAUAAAAGUACUGUGUUUUGAAAGUGUAA